AUGUCAAAGCCAUCCGUCAUCAUCAUCGGUGCCUCUGGAAGCGUAGGACGCCCGUUGGUCGAUGGGUUCCUCAGCAAGGCCGAUCAGUUUUCCAAAAUCGGCGUCUUGUCCUCUCCCUCAUCGGCUCACAAGUUUGAAAAUGAAAAGGCCCGUGGUGUUGACGUCGUUGUUGGCUCCUUUGUCGAUCCCGCUUGCUACCGCGGAUACGACAUUGCCAUUAGUCUUGCCGGAAACACCAUCAUGCGCCUCCAGCCGGCCAUGAUCGAUGCUGCUGUGGCCGGUGGAGUGACUCACUUCUAUCCGUCAGAGUUUGGCUCCAACACAGCCUUAGACGCGUUGAAGGACUUUCGUUACUUCCAGGACAAGCGGAUGACGAGAUACCACUGUGCGGCAACGGCCAAGCUGCACCCUCAGUUCAAGUAUACAUAUAUGCUGACUGCACCCUUUACUGAGUGGACCAUCCUGCCAUUCCAUGGCGAUAGAACUGCCAAAAAGGUUCUCGCCUACGGCACCAAGGAUAUGCCGAUGGAUGUAACCAGCCUGAAAGAUACCGUCCGUUAUACCGUGGCCUCAACCCUGCUUCCCUUCGCAGAGGGCCAGCAAAAGCGAGAGAUUCGAGUCACUGUCUACGUGCCAGUCGAAGGCGCUCUGGAGAAAAUGGAUGCAGCUCGAAAGGCUGAAGAUGAAGAAUCAGAGCUGGAAUGGAGCGCAAGGGGGUGGUUGAACAGUGGCAAUGCCAUUGUAGAUGGGCCGUAUGAUAACGAGAGAUUGGACCCUGCUCCGGCUGAGACUGUGAAGCAGACCUUUGAGAGAAUCCUUCGUAGCUAG